UUUGUUUUGCUUUGUGGCUUGUUUAAUUCAAUGGCCUGUUCUUGAUAUUAAUCACUGGGAGAGAGCUCUGGCUUUUCUUUCUUUUUCUGGGUUUGUUUUACUUUGGAUAAUGCCUGGUUUAGCAAUGGAUGCAUUAAAUGGAGAAAGUGGUGGAGUAAGUGGAGUAGAAGAAUCUAAUGGAAGCUACAGGGUGUACAAGGACGGCUAUUUGCAGCCACGGUCUCCAAGAAGUCCGUUGAGUCCACAGAGUCCCCGUAGCGAUUCCAUUGAUUUGGCCAUCGAUGGAAUAUUUGAGACGUCUAUUGAGCAGCUAUAUCACAAUGUCUGUGAGAUGCAAAGCUCCGAUCUAUCUCCAUCAAGCGCUAGUUAUGGUUCAUAUGGUGAGGAGUCGAGGAUUGAUUCAGAGUUGCGGCAUCUUGUUGGGGAUAUAAUUGGGAAAGAAGAGAUGAUGAAAGAGAUGGCGGUGGAGGUGGAAAAUAAGGAAGAGAGUGAUGGUGGCUGCAGCGAAUUUACUCCCAAGAAAGUAAAUGGCCCUACUGAUAAAAGGAUUGCAAAGGGUAAAAAGCAAUCUGCAAAUCGUAAGCAAAAAUCUUCUAAAGAGAGACCUUCAACUGAUAAAAGGAAUGAGAGGAAUAUAAGGAAACCAACUAAUGCUUUCUCUAUGAAGAAGCAAAGGCAGAAUUUGCUGGAGGAUCUUGAGGCAACAUUAGAUAAUCCUGAUCUUGGACCGUUUCUACUGAAACAAACGAGAGAUAUGAUUUAUACAGGUGAAAAUCUCCAGAAAGCUCUUGAAUCGGUGACUCGAGCAAUGAAGUCAUUUGAGGUAUGUGCAAAUGAGAAACCCAAUUUAGAGCAAGUAAUGUGUUUGCAUGUUAUGUCAGCAAUAUACUGCAGCUUAGGCCAAUACAAUGAGGCAAUUCCUAUUCUUGAGCGUUCAAUUGAAAUUCCAGUUAUGGAGGAUGGCCUAGAUCAUGCAUUGGCUAAAUUUGCUGGGUGUAUGCAGUUGGGUGAUACUUAUGCAAUGUUAGGUCAGAUGGAGAAUUCCAUACUGUGUUAUACAGCAGGUUUGGAGAUACAAAGGCAAGUCUUGGGAGAGACUGACCAUCGAGUUGGUGAGACAUGUCGGUAUGUGGCUGAGGCUCAUAUUCAAGCAUUGCAAUUUGAUGAGGCAGAGAAGCUUUGUCAGAUGGCUCUUGACAUCCACAGGGAGAAUGGUUCUCCUGCUUCUAUUGAAGAAGCUGCAGAUAGGAGACUCAUGGGACUCAUCUGUGACUCAAAAGGGGAUUAUGAGGCUGCUCUUGAGCAUUAUGUCUUAGCAAGCAUGGCUAUGGCAGCCAAUAACCAUGAAAUCGAUGUGGCUUCAAUUGAUUGCAGCAUUGGAGAUGCUUACUUAUCUUUAGCUCGAUUCGAUGAAGCAAUUUUUUCUUAUCAGAAAGCACUCACUGUGUUUAAGUCAGCUAAAGGAGAAAAUCAUCCUGCUGUUGCUUUAGUUUUCGUGCGAUUAGCUGACUUGUACUACAAGAUAGGAAAAUUAAGGGACUCAAAGUCUUACUGUAAAAAUGCACUCAAAAUUUAUGGCAGGCCUAAUCCUGGAACCCCCUCUGAAGAGAUUGCCAGCGGUUUAAUUGAUAUUGCAGCUAUUUAUCAAUCUUUGAAUGAAUUGGAUCGGGCACUCAAGUUACUCAAAAAGGCCUUAAAAAUUUUCGGUAAUACCCCGGGUCAACAGAGUACUAUUGCGGGAAUUGAAGCUCAGAUGGGAGUUAUGUAUUAUAUGAUGGGGAAUUAUUCUGAUUCCUACAACAUCCUGAAAAGUGCCAUUUCUAAGUUUCGAGCUAGCGGCGAGAAAAAGUCUGCUUUGUUUGGUAUUGCGUUGAACCAAAUGGGUCUUGCUUGUGUGCAGAGGUAUUCAAUAAAUGAGGCAGCUGAUUUUUUUGAAGAAGCAAGGAGUAUUUUGGAGAAGGAAUAUGGGCCAUAUCACCAUGACACAUUAGGGGUCUAUAGCAAUCUGGCUGGCACAUAUGAUGCAAUGGGAAGGCUAGGUGAUGCUAUUGAAAUUUUGGAGUAUGUUGUUGGGAUGAGAGAAGAGAAGCUUGGAACAGCAAAUCCAGAUGUGGAAGAUGAAAAGCGAAGAUUAGCCGAGUUGUUGAAAGAUGCAGGGAGGGUUCGGAACAGAAAAUCGAGGUCACUUGUCGCCCUUCUAGAUGACACCAGCUCUGAAAUUGCAAAAGAUGAUGAAAUUGAAGUAUCAUAAUUGCUGAGAAUGUAUAUAAGUAACUGCUUUUGUAAACUGUCUUCUAGGUAGAGGAUUAGGUUGUUGGUUUGCCCAUCUCUGUUGGCAGAUUUGGAAAAAUAAAGAACACCAGGUCCUGAAAGAGAGUUGCAUUUAUACUCACAUUUGUUGAAAUUCCCUUGUCAAAUUCUUCUUUGUAUUUCUUGAACUGUAAUUAAUAAACGGUGGGAUUUCAUUUUCUCUA